CGCUGUCACGGCGGUUGAGCUCCGGAUCGCGGCUGCGGGGAAGCGAAGUGGGGCGCCGGGCUGUAGCCGGGCGGAGCGUGCGCGCGGGUGGAGCCGCGCGGCCCGCAUGGAGGCGCCGAGGAGCGCGCCGCGGGAGCGGGAGCGGGAGCGCGCUCGGACCACCGCAGGAAGUGACCAAGUUCACUCCUGGAUACUAGUUACAAGCCAAGUGGUUAGCACUGCCUGGAGAGUAACAAGGGCCUCUGUGAUGAUGGCCAUGUCGCUUCUGUCAGCUUCCCUCUGCUACUUCAGAAUGCUGCAUCUAUAUUUAGGGCAUCGACUGAAAUGGUGGAUUGGCUAUCUUCAGAGAAAAUUCAAAAGAAACCUCAGUGUGGAGGCAGAAGUAGAUUUACUCGGCUAUUGUGCAAGAGAGUGGAAAGGAGAAACACGGCGUGCCAAGCUGAUGCGGAAGGCAUAUGAGGAACUGUUCUGGAGGCAUCAUAUUAAAUGUGUUCGGCCAGUGAAGAGAGAUAACUACGAUGCCCUCAGGUCCGUGUUGUUCCAGAUCUUCAGCCAAGGUCUCUCUUUUCCAUCGUGGAUGAAGGAAAAGGACAUUGUGAAGCUUCCUGAAAAACUACUCUUUUCUCAAGGCUGUAACUGGAUCCAGCAGUACAGUUUCGGACCUGAGAAGUAUACAGGUUCCAAUGUGUUUGGAAAGUUACGGAAAUGUGUGGAAUUAUUGAAGAUGCAGUGGACUGAGUUUAGUGGGAUGAGAGAUUACCACAAGAGAGGGAGCAUGUGCAACAUGCUGUUCUCCGACGCCAUCCUGGAGUAUAAGCUGUAUGAAGCUUUGAAGUUCAUCAUGCUCUACCAGGUCACAGAAAUGUAUGAACAGAUGAAGACAAACAAGGUCAUCCCCAGUCUCUUCCGACUCCUGUUUUCCAGGGAGUCCUCAUCAGACCCUCUGAGCUUCAUGAUGAAUCACCUGAAUUCCAUAGGGGACACCUGUGGAUUGGAGCAGAUUGACAUGUUUAUACUCGGGUAUUCCCUUCAAGUAAAGAUAAAAGUGUUCCGACUGUUCAAGUUUAACUCCAGAGACUUUGCAGUCUGCUAUCCCGAGGAGCCUCUCAGGGAGUGGCCAGAGAUCUCGCUGCUGACUGAGAAUGACCGCCAGUACCACAUUCCCAUCUUUUAAGUCUGCGGAAGACUAAGCAUCGACUCUUCUCAACGACAGUGGUCACACUUGCACGAGUGUUUCUGAAAUACCCACAGUAGCAUCUCAGCCAAGGAGGGCACCAAGACCUACGGGGACACCGGGUGGAGAGAGCCAGGGUGUGUUGCCUUUCUCCUUCAGUGAUUUCCUCCACAGCAGCUCACAUUUGGGCUUUGAUCGGUUGGCUUUGUAAUAGGAGUAUCACAGCAUCAUGUGCCUUUAUACAUAGAGAAACUUAAUGUGGACAGAAAUGGGGAGGGGAAAGGCUGACCUCAGCAGCAGGGACUUUUUUUUUUUAAUCUCUGACCUUUGUGUUCUAUGGUAAGAAUCUCUCUGGGGAUUUGGGAUGUUCAUAAAUAAACAGGGCUACGUUUUAUAAGCAUUACCUUCCUGGGAUUCUUUGUUGUUUACUAAUUUUCUGGAACUACCUAACUAAUGUUAAAAUACCGUGUGUGCAAGAAAACCCACAGAACCAGUUAACCAGGGCUCACAGGGGCUCACAGAGACUGAACUGACAACCAGGGAGCCUGCAUGGGACUGACCAAGGCCCUCUGCAUGUGCAUUACAGUUUUGUAGCUUGGUCCUCUUGUGGAAACUCUGUUGUCUGCUUUUGGGAUUCAUUCCUCCUAUGGCGUUUCCUCAUCCAGUCCUAAUAGAAGAGGAGAUGCCUUGUCUCAUUGCAACUUGAAGUACCAUGGCUGGUUGAUGUCCAUGGGAGGCCUGCCCUCUUCUGAAGAGAAACAGAGGAGGAAUGGAUGGAAGGGAAGAGAGGAAGUGUGUGUGGGUGGGGGGAACUAAGAGGAGAGGAGGGAAGAGAAACUUUGGUUGGGAUAUAAAAAACAAAAAAUAAACAAAAAUAGUAAACAUCAUGUGUGUGUUUAUAUACAUGUGAGUUUAUAUGUACAUACAUACAUGUAUUCAUAUAUACACAAACACAACCACUGGUUUGUAAUAUUGUAUAAUUUCUUUAUAUCUACUUUUAGGGGGAAACUGUUGAGUCUGGUCAGUUUAUAUCAGUUUAUUUAAAUAAAAGAAGGUAAAUCCUA